AUGAAGCACUUACAAAGACAUCCGGAAAACUUGAAAUUGUACCGUGAAAUAAUUAUGAAGCAGCGCAAUGACAAAUUUAUUGAGGUUGUAACAAAUGAUGACCCAAAGGAAGGACACCACCUGCCACACCAUCCAGUACUGAAAAAAUCAGCUAUUACCCCAAUAAAGAUAGUCUUUAACUGCAGUGCUAGGACCACACAGAAUAGUGUAUCACUGAAUGACUGCCUUCAAACUGGCCCUAGCCUGACACAAAGGAUAUUCGAUGUGCUGUUAAAGUUCUGCAUUGGGACUGAAGCAUACACGGCAGAUAUCAGAGAAACCUUCCUUAGGGUAGGUCUCCAAGAAGAAGACCGUAACUACAAAAAGUUCCUAUGGAUCGAGGAUCCUAACGAUCCAAACAGUGAUUUAAUCACCUACAGGUUUGCAUCUGUUUUGUUUGGCGCCACUUCUUCUCCGUUUCUGUUUCAAGCUACCUUAGACUCGCACUUGAAGAAGUCUAAUAGCCCAAAUAAAACAGAAAUUAGCAACAACCUGUAUGUGGACAAUUUCCAAGGAACACCCAGCAGUGAAAGCAAACUGCUGAACAUAUAUGAUGAGGUCAAUCUAGAAUUAUUGGGAGCAAAUAUGCCUAUCCAAUCUUGGGUCUGCAACAAUGUCAAAUUAAAUCAACUGAUCGAAACAUAA